AUGGAGACGGAGAAGAUUGCCAGUGACGCGAAGCGUCGAUGUUAUCAGUGUCUCGCGGAGGUGGAUGCCGCCCGCAUGCGGAAUCAUGUCGGUGAGCAUAUCUUGAAAGCAAUGCGCGGCGUACAGGAGGAUCUCCGAGGACAGCAGGUUGUUCCGUCCGAGCUUCCCUGCGGUUUCUGCGGACGCCCUGAGCGGCUCUGUACGGCUCCGACGAUGACCAAGGGGACCAGUAGGAGUACACCGCAAGCACGAAGCGAGUGCCCAUACUACCGACUCUUCUUCUACCAGCCAAGCCUCAAGCCAUCACCUGCAACUCCGUGCACGAAUGUACCCAUUAUCUGCAUGGUUCCUGGUUGCAAGGCGGCAAAGGAUGGUAACUGGACUGCUGUAUGGAAGUAUAACAUGGUCGAACAUCUCCGCCAGUGUCACCCCUCUUAUGGCCUCGAAAGUACCCCCAGGUUGGAUGGACUUAUCCCUCUUCCGCCAGCAAUGCAACAUGAGAUGCAUAUCUCGGACGAGGAAGAGCGGGCUCUUCGAAUCCCCGCCGAGCUCAUCCCUUACAAGUCACCCCUGCCACGUAUCGCCACACCUGAACUUGCGGAAUCAACAGGGACGGCGCGCAAAGCCAAGAAACGACGUCUAAACCGCGACAAGUAG